CAAAACCACAGAAACAUACCCUACAUGCCGCUUGUCAUUCAUGAUCCAUUUCAUCCAGCCCACGUCUCCCGCCGCUGUUUAGCAAUACUUAAUCCACUUCAAGUCAAGGUGUUCUCGGCUAGACUCCAGAAUCGGAUUCGCACCACCAGCCAACUCGUUCUCAACCAGCCGGCAGACUGUCAGUCCGUCCCCUAGAUCGUCACGAUGCGAAACCCAUUCAAGCCGAGAAAGGCGCCGGCGCAGACCUGGUCGGCCAAGAGGUCAUCCGUCCUCUCGGCCGACGACCCGGUCUUUGCGGGCCUCGACGAGACGGAACGCAAGAGCCUCGAAGCGACGCCGCCCAUCCAGCAGUCCCACCAACAAACGACAUCGCGUGACAUUCCCAGCGAGCAGCCUCUGAAGCACGCCGGAGGUGACGGGGCAGCUGCAUUGAGCGCGGGGCCGAGCUCUCACGACAGCAUCAGCACCGACUCCGGGCACGGGUUUGCCGCCGUCUCCGGGUCUUUCGCCGAUGGUUCUCAUUCUGGCUGCUGAGGCGUGCGACGCACACACACACACACACACUCACUCACGAAGGAACGCAGGCGGUCGGCGGUAGUCACUUGAGAUUUUGGGAUGCUUGAGGGCCCAAGUCGGAGGAAAGUAUUCGGCCUAUGGGAACAAUUGCAUCGGAUGGUUUGGACGAGCUAACGAUACCUAUUGACUCCAUUGCUUAUUCUCACAUUCGCCGUACUCGUUGAGCUCUACCAAGCCCCUGGCCACCACGUAAACCUGGCCACCACGUAAACCUGGCCGAAUCGUUUUU